GAGACUAUCAUCCAGUCCUCUGCCUGAAUCCAGCUGGUAGCCUGCCUGCCGUUGACGGUUCUGUUGCAGUUGAGGUGAGAGCUGCCAGUCAUCAUGGGGAACAUCUUUGGCAACCUGUUGAAGAGCCUGAUAGGCAAGAAGGAGAUGAGGAUUCUCAUGGUGGGGCUGGAUGCUGCUGGGAAAACCACCAUCCUCUACAAGCUGAAGCUGGGGGAGAUUGUCACCACCAUCCCCACAAUCGGUUUCAAUGUUGAGACAGUGGAGUACAAGAACAUCAGCUUCACCGUGUGGGACGUGGGUGGCCAGGACAAGAUCCGUCCCCUGUGGAGGCACUACUUCCAGAACACCCAGGGUUUGAUCUUCGUGGUUGACAGCAAUGACCGCGAGCGGGUGAACGAAGCUCGGGAGGAACUGAUGAGGAUGCUGGCUGAGGACGAGCUGCGGGAUGCCGUUCUUCUCGUCUUUGCCAACAAACAGGACCUGCCCAAUGCCAUGAAUGCCGCAGAGAUCACAGACAAGCUGGGCCUGCACUCGCUACGCCACCGCAACUGGUACAUUCAGGCCACCUGUGCCACCAGCGGAGACGGUCUCUACGAGGGUCUGGACUGGCUGGCCAAUCAGCUGAAGAACAAAAAGUGAGGGGUCCGGUCAGUAGAGUGGGGAAGAGCCUGGGUGCCAGCUCCAGGUAGAGGUUAUAGGGGAUCCAUUGUGUUUACAUGGAGAGGCAGUGCUGAAAAGCUCCCAGGGGGUGACUCUCAAUGGCUUUCCCCCAAAAAAUAAUUGUUUCAUUUCUUUAUUUUGAUUAAUUUCAUUUGUUUUGAUCUGCGGUGAGCAUUUUUAAAUAUUUACAAACCGAUGGUGUUGACCAAAAUUACUUACAAUUUACACGCUGAAUACAUAAAUAUCAGGAUGUAAUAGUAUAAUGUUACUGUAAAGGCAUAUGUAUUUCCCCUACUUUGCAGUCUCUUUACCUCCUUCAACCUUUUAAUAUGUUCAGAAAACGAUGUGACGAUGUAAAAGCAACCUUCCCUCAGAUACUUAAAAUGUAAAUUAUAAAGAAUGUCAUAAUAGUAUAGUGGGACUACUAUCUCAGAAUACUAUCACAUUGUCUAAAAACAGUAUACUCGUACAGGCUCAGAUAAAUGUAAAGUUGUCAUUUUCCGUCCAUUCUUGUGUUUUACCACCAAAUUAUGCGCUUCAGAGCUCAAUUUGUGCUAUUUUAUUUAAUUUUUUAGAAACAAGACUGGAUGACAUACUGGAAAGUCGUAAACAAUUUAUAUUUUUGUCGACAUGUAUUAAUUUAUUUAUUUAUUCUUAUGUUUAUUUUCAGUGUAUCAUAUGUUUUUUCUCCCUUUAUUGCAAUGUGCAUUUACUGCUAAGGCAGCUGGUGAUAAAAAAAAAAAGAAGAAGCCCUGGUAUCACUGUAUAUUACCGCUUCCCAAUCUGCAUGGAGAUAUCCCAGUACUGGCUCGUGGGCUUGUAAGAGCUGUGAACUACUGCAGGCUGCUGCUGUAAAUAAAGAUUUCUUCUUGGUCGACUUGCCUGGCUCAGAAAGGGUUAAAACAAUUUGUCUGGCAUCAGCGAGGUGUGAUAGCUGAACUGAUACAGAUGACAGAACAGGAACACUGUACCAGCUCUGUGGCUUAGGGGGGAAAACGCUGCUAUAGGCCUGUAGAGAGCGAUGCAGCAGAGCAUGUGAUUGGCAAUAUCAGAGAGCUUACAUGGUUUUCGAAUGUUUUUUUAAGUCGGUUCGUGCUGCACUAUAUCCAUCGAAAGAACUCACAUUGCUUGUCAUCCUGAUUUAUUCAUCUCUGAUUGGCGUGACAUUACAUGUGUUUCUUGUGUUAUCUCUCUGUAUUAUGUUGCACAAAAUAACUCUAGAUGCAUUACUGUUGUACACGUCUGUUUUUUUUUCUUGUAUUUUUCAGAUGGAGUAUUUAUUUAUUUUGGACCAAAACGCAAGUGUUGAUUUUAGUGUUUCUUAAUUUGCUAACUAGAUCAGACUGUCGUCUUUUUGAGUGUUCAUAAAUCACAUAAUUUGAAAAAAUAAAAUAGGAGAGAGGAUGAUCGUAAUACUGCAUCAUAAGGCAUGUUAAUACUGUACAAGAUCUGUAAUAAAAGUGAAAUAUAAUAGCCUGUUUCCUCAGACUAUAUUUGUUAGUCUAAAUUACUGCUGCUGGUUGGAACAAUGCUGUACUGAUAAAUGUUAUGGAUUUAGUGUAAAGUUUACCGAAAAACCUUCUAAUAUGCAAAAGCAUGCUUUUCUAUGUCAGCGCAACUGUAUAUAUGUUUAUGUAACAACAAACCAUGGUAUUCACGGUCAAGUUGAAAGUGUUGUUGAUACACCUGUAGAUAUUGGGGUCAGUGUGUUGGCAGACAUGUAUAACUGACAGCAGCUUGUGUGUGUGACGUGCCCUCUAUUACGUUCAGUUUGGUGUGAAAAUUGUUUUUGUGGCCUUAUAUUGCCAGUGGUUAUUUUCUCUUUGAUAACAGGUUUGUAUGUAGGGAUGUCCAACAUUCAAGUAUCUCACCUAUGAUCUGUAACACUGACGCACUCACAGUACUGUUGUGGCUAAACUGUCCCUCUUUUAAUGACUAUUGGCAGAUUUUAAACUUGAAAAAUGUAGAAAAGCGAGACACUGCAGAACAUUCCAGCUGAUAAAGUUUAUUCAAAAAGGAGCAGAUGGAAAAUGGAUUUAUCUAAUUAAGUGGAAUAUUAUCAAGAAGAGAAAAUAAAAACAGAAACAAACUGGUGCAGAAGUGUUGAUGAUUUGAUGAUUCCUGGCACUACGUCGAUCAAUCAAUAAAA